GCCUCGGAUGAAUCUCCGUCGCCAAGUGUUCUCCACUGCCAGCUCCUCCCGCGCUUCUUCACCUCCAAUGGAUUCGGAUCCAACAUGCCUUUCCCACCUUCUGGAUCUGUUGCCACAGAUCUGAAGUCACAUCAGAAUUUUAACAGAACCAAUUUUGUGCGUCAUGAUUUCCGUGCUAAGACACAGGUCAACUUCAACAAUACAGAUAAUGGUGCGACAAUGACAGCUGGUGGAGAGAGACCUUUCAACCUUGGGGAGCUGCUUCCUUUCUCCGCUUCGCGUGUCAUUAAGGAACAUGAACAAUAUUCACAGAGGAAAAAGACAUUUGUGACUGUAACGGAAGCUAGUGGGAAUAAAAAGACCGGGGCCUCCUCUGGUUGUUUGGAGGACAAGAAAGGGUGGUCUCGUCCCUCUCGAUAUGCUGCUGAGGCAACUGCAGAAUGUGUCGGGCGAUCUGUCAGGAAGAUGGGUUUAAGGUCUGUUGUCAUGAAAGUGAAAGGGACUUCCUUUUUCAAGAAGAAGAAGAAAGUGAUCUUGAGCUGGAGAGAAGGUUUCCGUUGGGAAAGAGUAAGAGAUCAAUCUCCUAUCACGUACAUCCACGAUGUGACCCAACUCCCACAUAAUGGAUGCCGACUCCCCAAACAACGCCGGGUGUAGCUCUCUUUGAACUGGAGGCAAUGUUGAGUACAAAUAAG